AUGGACCGCAACACAUUCGGUCGUCUAUGUACUUUGCUACGUGAGUUAGGGGGGUUAACAGAUGGAAGGUAUAUUAAGGUCGAAGAGCAAGUGGCAAUGUUUUUAUCCAUUCUAGCACACCACAAAAAAAAUAGGGUUGUUAGGUUCGAUUUCAUCCGGUCUGGUCAAACUGUGUCAAGAUUCGUGCAUCUCGUGCUGAAAGCAGUUAUCAAAUUGCACGAAGUUUUAUUCAUCAAACUCGUUCCCGUUCCAGACGAUUGUGCGGAUAGCAGAUGGCGAUGGUUCAAGGGCUGUUUGGGUGCUCUUGAUGGCACGUAUAUAAACGUCAUGGUGAGCAAUGCUGACAAGCCUAGGUACCGGACACGGAAAGGGCAGAUUUCUACUAACACACUCGCUGUUUGUGAUCGUAAUAUGAAGUUUGUCUACGUUUUGCCUGGUUGGGAGGGUUCGACAGCUGAUUCGAGAAUAUUGCGCGAUGCCCUCGUACGAGUUAAUGGGCUGAGAGUGCCUAAAGGAAACUAUUGUCUAGCAGACAACGGGUACGCCAACAGCGAGGGGUUUUUAACUCCGUACAAGGGUGUACGAUACCAUCUUAAGGAAUGGGGACCGAACACAGCCCGACCGCAGAAUGCAAUGGAGUUAUUCAACCUAAGGCAUUCGAAGGCACGAAACGUUAUUGAACGUGCCUUUGGAAUCAUGAAAAUGCGUUGGGGGAUAUUGAGAAGUGCAACCUUUUAUCCCGUGAAGACUCAGAAUGAUGCUGAGAUUGAGGGCGAUUUCAUCGAUGUAAUCGAGUCCUCUCCGGCCUGGAAUGCAGAGCGAGAUGCAAUUGCACAAUCCAUGUGGAACAAUUAUGCGAACAACAUUUGA